AUGACGAGUGAGCGCGUGGAAAGUGUGCUGGAACUCAUUACAUAUACGAAAGGUGUUGCAGGCGCUGUUGUGUGCAACCGCAACGGUGAACCAAUCCGUGAUAGUUUUCAAGACUUGGAUCGAAACCGUGCCGUGGCGUACAGCAACAUGGCAGCCGACCUCGCGCGUGAUGCUGCUCUUUUGUUUAGUGCGGAUGAGUCUCUUGAUGCUGUGCGAGUACGAUCCCUCAACAACGAAAUUAUUAUCAAAUGCCACGAGGAAUUCUUGCUUGUUGUGAUACAGGAGCUCACGAAGUGA